GCGAGGGUUUGCCGAUCAAGGUCGCGGUAAUGGCUUCCUAGGCAAGACUUACUUUGUUUAUGCCGCCGUCAGGACUCCAGUAGCAGCGUUUAGCGGGCUCAGUGUCCGUUGAAUUACAGAUCUGCACGUUUGCGAAGAAAGUUCGGAAACUGACACCUUCGUGAGCGGGAGUUUCUCGCCGAUGGGGCUGAGUUGUACGGCUGAAUGAGGCGAUCGCCUGUGGUACCGUAGAAGGAUGAACUCCACCGCCGGUCGGGAUCUCGCAGUGUCCGCUGGAGCUGUCAGCAGCACCCCCGGAGCAGCAUCCUCCAGAGUCCUGCAUGUGGAGCUCACAUCACAACAGAGGCGUUUACGUCACUUGCGGAGCAUAGCAGCCCGUAACAUUGUGAACAAGAAUGGCUCUCCUCUGCUUGACACUUACUUCACCCUUCACCUCUGCCAGGAAGAUCGGAUAUCACGAGAUUUUUAUAAGAGUGAAGUCAUCCGAGACUCAUUGAACCCAACAUGGCGGAGCUUAGAUUUCGCAAUGCUUCCAGAUCUCUUGGACACAUCUGUGUCAUGUUUUGUGGUGAGAAUAUGGGGUGGGAGGGACGAACAGUACCAACUGCUUAUUGAGUGGAAGGUCAACCUAGAUGGGCUCAGAUACACAGGACAACAGAUUCGCUCCAGAAAUUCAAAUGAGAUCAUCUUUGGAUUGAACGAUGGCUACUAUGCAGCAGAGUUUGAUCAGAAGGAAAGUUCUGACAGGAAGAAGAACAGUUUGCUUCAGGUGGACCAGAGCUCUGUCAGAAACUCCUAUAGUGUUUUCUCUUUACUGAGGCAUCAGACUGCAAAGAGGAAAGAAGGCAUGAGGAAGGAUUGGAAUUGGAUUCAAAUGUUUGAGGCAAAAAAAGAGAGAGAGUGUAUGCAGCUACGUAUCGGGAUUCUGAGGUGUGAGUUGGAGAGACAGAGGAAGGCGCUGGGGAGAGAAAUGGACCUGAUGCAGAAAGAGAGAGUGCAGCUUGUAAAGAAAGAGGAGGCGUCGUCUACCAAGCAUCAGGGUCUGGAGUCUGAGCGCAAGUCUUUGACGGAGUUACAGAAGGAAUGCACUGCCAAAAGAGAGCUGUUUCUAAAAUCCAACGCCCAGCUCACCUUCCGCUGUCGUCAGCUUAUAUCAGAGCUGUCCUACAUUUAUCCCAUUGAUGUGAACAAUCAGAAUGAUUAUGUGAUUUGUGGUGUCAAACUGCCCAAUUCGGAAGACUUUCAAGCAAAGGAUGAUGGGAGUGUUGCGGUGGCUCUGGGUUACACGGCACACCUGGUGCUGAUGAUAUCGAGCUUCCUGCAGAUUCCGCUCAGGUAUCCAGUCAUCCACAAGGGUUCCCGCUCCUCCAUCAAAGACACCAUCACUGACAAACUCACAGAGAAGGAGAGAGAGUUCCCUCUCUACCCCAGAGGAGAGCGUUUCCAGUUUGAAUACGGUGUCUAUUUGCUCAACAAAAACAUCGCCCAGUUGAGGUACCAGCAUGGGCUCUCCACCCCAGAUCUGCGUCAGACUUUACCCAACCUGAAAAACUUCCUAGAGCAUGGGCUACUUGUACGAUGUGACAGGCACAAUGUUUCUAUGUCCAUCCCUGUCCCUCUAAAGUCUCAUCUCAGCGUUUCCACCGCAUCCGAAGUGGGCUUUCCAACCCUCUCCAGCUCCCCUGAACGGGACGUCCGGAAGCAGACUGGCUCAGAUGCGGAUAAACAGAAAUACCAAACCCCUCCGCCUAGUUACAACACAGCCAUGACUCAACCUGAUCCCAUGAUGACUCCUGAAGUCCCAUCAGCGCCGUCCACAGAGAUAGUGAGCACUGAAGUAGGUAAGACUGUGGAUACACAUGGGGAUGGAGAGACUGUGUCCGAGGCACAUACGGAGAAGCCUCUGGAAAUACCUAUGGACAUAGCCAGUACAUUACCGUCUGACUCUGUCCCUCAGCACCCAGGAGCCAUGAACGGCUCGGCCGUGCCCAGCGAGGGUAUAGGUUCGGGUGUUGCGGGUGCAGCCGAACUUUGCUGCUCUGUGGAGCAGGCUGAGGAAAUUAUGGGCACUGAAGCCACAGGGCUGGGAUUGGGACUUGGAUUGGCCAGACUGGACGAUUACCCGUGUAUUCCCGUGGAGCACGCGGUUGCGGUCGAGUGCGACGAACAGGUUUUGGGAGAAUUUGACGCCGCUGGAAUCGAAGAGGUUUCACGGCGCAUCUAUGCACUAGAAAACAUGUCAAGCUUCCGACGGCCUCGGAAGAACUCAGAAAAAUGACUGGGAUAUUGGACGUGGGCCUGGAGAAACGGGUCAGAGGGUGACUGGUGUCCAAGUUGGUCGGUGACAUGAGGCUGAGCCUGCGUAAUAUUUCACCCUGACUGCAACAAGUAUAGACAUUACAUAAAGAAAUAUAUUAUAAUUAAUAUUGUUAUAAUAAUUAUUAAUAUUAUUAGGAAAAAUCUGGAAUAUUGACCAAUUUGCACUUCUCGAAGCAUUUCUAUAAUCCUUUCAAAUGAAAUAAAGAUAAUGUUUGGUUGAAAUGCUUGCUGGAUGUCUUUCUGAGUGUAUGGAUGUGCAGUCUUAAUGGGAUAUUCCACCUAAAAAUGAAAAUUGUGUUAUUAUUUACUCAUCCUCAUGUCGUUGUAUGACUUUCAUUCUUCUGUGGAACACGGAAAAAUAUUAUUUAGAAGAACUGGUUUGGUCCAUACAAUAAAAUGAUCCAUCCGAUGAUGUUUUGAGGAUGCAACUUUCAGUGAAAAUCACCAUUUGUGUGAUUCAUUUGAUAUUUGAAAGCAAAGAAAUUAUGA